AUGGCUAUUACGGCCGCCACAAAGCAACGUUGUUCAUUCCUUAUAAAUCUUCAUGAACGAGAAUUCGAGCGUAGCAGUGGUGAUACGAAAUGGUUAAGAGGGCUGAAAUAUGUGGAUGAGCCGAAAAUUCUAUACUUGGAUGACAUCAAUAGGGUUGUAGCGCAUCAAGCAUGGCUUGGUCGCUCAACGACCUUACCUCAGCAGUGA